CUUGAUUCUAAUUCAGCAAAGGAAGAGAAGAAGGCUGCCCCUGCUGCUGCUGCUGCAGGUGGAGCUAAGGCUGAGCCCAAGAAGAAGCCAGCAGACAAACCAGCAGCAGCUGCUGGACCUGCACCCAAAGCCGCAAAGACUGCGGCUGCCCCAAAGGCUGCUGCUGCUGCCCCUAAGGCUGCCGCUGCUGCACCUAAGGCUGCUGCUGCCCCCAAAGCAGGAGCGAAAGCCCCAGCUGCUGCUCCUAAAGGAGGUAGUUCCAAAACUCCUGCAGCUGCGCCGAAGAUUGCAACCAAAGCUGGUGCUGCCAAGCCUGCUGCUGCUAAGCCCGCUGCCAAGGGAGCUGCUGCGAAAGGAGCUGCUGGAAAGGCUGGAGCUAAAGCUAAAGUCCCAGCUGCUGCUGGCAAAGGAGCUGCAAAGGGUAACCAGAAACCUGCUGCCAAAACAGCAGCAAAGGCACCAGCCAAAACAGGAUCAAAGGCUGCUGCUAAGACGACAGCAAAGGGUGCCCCUAAAGGAGCUGCUAAGGCUGGUUUGAAGAAGGGUGUUGUUGGUGGAAAAGUUGUUAAGGCCAAGACUGCUGCCACAAAAGCUUUGUCCACUCAGAGAAAGGUUAUCAAGGGCCUGCAUGGAACCCGAACAAGGAAGAUCCGCACUUCAGUGCAAUUCAGGCGUCCCAAGACUUUCCGACCUCCCCGCAACCCGAAAUACCCUAGGCAAUCGGCGCCCAAGAGGAGCAAGAUGGAUGCCUACAAUAUCAUCAAGCACCCACUUACCACUGAGUCGGCCAUGAAGAAGAUCGAAGACAACAACACACUGGUCUUUAUCGUCCAUCCCCGCUGCAACAAACAUCAGAUCCGCUCAUCUGUCAAGAAAUUGUACGACAUCGAUGUGGCUAAAGUCAACACACUUAACCGCCCCGAUGGUCAGAAGAAAGCCUACGUACGAUUGGCGCCCGACUACGAUGCCUUGGAUGUUGCCAACAAGAUCGGAAUCAUUUAAACGAUUCGUUGGUUGUGGUGUUUUCGAUGUCCGGAAAAGCGGCGUUAUGUUGUAUCCUUUUUCCAUCGAUUACACGACCCGAAUUCCACGGA